AUGAAAAAGCAGGCCAGUAGAUCGAGCGAUGCACUUUGUUUCUGUGAGUAUGACAAUAUUAAGGGUGAAAGAAGCCAUUUGAUGGCAACUCUAUGUGAUUGUGAUGUCAUUGAUUCACUCUGUGAUAGUUGUCUCAGGUGUCAGCCAGUGCCAGAAGAGAAACUAAUUCAGGCAGUGGAAACAAUUGAGGACAGGAUUCGUCUGCCAUUUUGUAACGGAAGGGGGGCCAUUAAAAUGAACUUUGAACUUGCAUACCCUGCAAUUACGCUACCCUUUACUCUCUGCCUUGCUGCCUAUGGGCCUUACUGGACAUUUUUCUCUCUUUUAAGCUUUUUUACUGUUCUUAUUAUAUCCUCUAGACUCUGUCGAUAUAGGAAGCGAAAUAGGCUAUUCUUCGCCACAACUUUAUCGUCAUCCAUUUAUCUAUUCGCUGUCUUUAUAGUUGUUGUUGUUGGCUUUCGGAAGAUCUUGUUAUGGGAAAUUUUGCUGAUGGCAACCUUAUACUUAAUAACACUCUAUCUUAUGUUUCAAGUUAAGCACAAUUCCAACUUACUGAGAGUCGAUCGAAAAAAUUACAGAAAUCCUGAAAAAUUAAGCUCAGAUGGUCGACAGCUAAACGUUAGACAAGUUAGCUGGAUUGAUUCAAGGCCUAUUAUAGACGACAAUUUGCAAUUAUUCUGUGGGCAAUGUAAGGUUGAUCGCCCGCCUCGCUCUGGCCACUGUACGAGAUGUGAUUGCUGUAUUUUCGGUCGAGACCAUCAUUGCAUUUGGCUAGAUGUAUGCAUAGGCAAGCACAACCAUAGGUCCUUCUUCUUAUUCCUCUUCAUGUUUUUUACUACUGGUGUAUAUGGGGUUCAUCUAACAACCACAACCCUCUGCACACCUGUGAUUUACCUGGAUUGGUUCCUUGUACCAGCUGACUGCAGAUUUCUGUACACUGACUUUCCCUCGGGUCUGUGCGUGUGCAGUGUGGUCCUAUCAUGCAUCGGCCUGUCAUUCAUCCUCUGCCUACUCGUCCAGCAGUUCGUCCUAAUCAGUCAGAACCUGACGUCCCAGGAGUACCACAGGGCUAGGCAGAGGGGGUGGCUGAAGUGCUGGGGCCUUCUGGCUCUCCAUAACUCUAACGACAAAGGCUUCCUUAAAAAUUGGUACAACUUCUUAAGAAACAAACGAACUCAGAGAUACAAAGUUGCAGUAGCGACAGAUGAGGAUGUGUAAAACUACCACACCAUCCCAAAUUUCUGUAAAUUCUGUAAAAAUUAUUGUUAUACGCUACAUAAAUGUUUGAAUGUACAUGUAUGUGCGUGUGUGUACACGCGUUUUUGUAUAUGUAUUUAUAGGUUUUAUUAUUGUGGAUGGAGAGUCUUUUAGUUGUUCAACUUUUAUAAUAGUUAAUGGCUGUUUUUAGUUUGCCCUAUGUUUGUGUACCUGUACCUACGUGUAUGUAUGUUGUGUGUGUGUGAGUGUACGUAUGUAUGUGUAAGUGUGCGUGUGAAUGUGCGUGUGUUUAUAUAUUUGUUACUUCGUUUCAAAGCAUUUUAAUAUUAUGCUCUUGACAAAACUGGAGGAAACUGUGGAUUAUAGCUAUUAGAACGUUACAUUCGUAUUGCAUCUGGUAAUAUUUAUUCAUUCUUUCGUUCGUUCACUCAUUCGUACUUGUUUAUAGAAUUUUUUUAUCACUACUUCUCUUUCUCUCUCUUAUUAAAAAAUUUCUUGUGAAAAUUUAUAGCAUUUAUUUUCAACAUUACCAUCACAAUUGUAAUCUUGUAUAUGCAUUUAUAGGUUUUUGAUUGUGGAUAGAGUUUUUUAGUUCCUUAUCAUAUUUGCUGGCUUUAUAUCCAUCCAUCCAUUCAUUCAUUCAGUGUCAACAGUGUAUACACGUUUGACCACGUCAUGUGACGGGUGUCAGCCAUAUUUAAACUAUUUCAUUAUCAUAAUUUAUUCGAAAGUAUGUUUGUCCAUGUGAAUGUUUAUCAUAAUUUAUU